AACAUGACAAAUCACACACAGGUGACAGAGUUCAUCCUCCUGGGAUUGUCAGAUGAUCCAGACAUUCAAAUGGUCAUUUUCUUCUUUCUCUUAGUGGCCUAUAUCCUCAAUAUCGCUGGGAAUGUGACUGUCACCUUCCUCACCCUGAUGGAUUCUCAUCUCCAGACCCCAAUGUAUUUCUUCCUCUGGAAUUUCUCCUUCUUAGAAAUUUCAUUUACGACUGCUAGUGUUCCCAGAUUCUUGGGCACCAUUAUUACUGAGGACAAGAUCAUUUCCUAUCAUGGCUGUAUGGCUCAGUUUUUUUCCUUCAUUCUCUUGGGAUUAACCGAAUUUUACCUUCUAGCAGCAAUGUCCUAUGACCGCUAUGUUGCCUUCUGCAAACCUCUACAUUACACAACCAUCAUGAGCAACAGAAUCUGUGCAUUGCUUGUGUUCUGCUCAUGGAUGAUUUCAUUCAUAAUCAUCUUCUCACUACUCAUGCUGAUGCAGCAUCUUGACUAUUGUGCUGAUAAUAUCAUUGAUCAUUUCACCUGUGACUUUUCUCCCGUCUUACAGCUCUCCUGUACAAAUACACAAUUAGAGAUAAUGGGCAUUUCCUGUGCUGUGGUGACUCUUAUGUUUACACUGCCAUUGCUAAUUGUCUCCUACAUAUAUAUCGUCAGGACAAUUUUGCUGAUCCCCUCUGUCAGUCAGAGGAAAAAGGCUUUUUCCACUUGCUCUUCUCACAUGAUUGUAAUCUCUAUUUCUUAUGGCAGCUGCAUCUUCAUGUAUAUAAAACCCUCAGCAAAGGACAGAGUCUCUUUGAGCAAGGGAGUUGCUGUCCUUAAUACAUCAGUAGUUCCCGUGUUGAAUCCCUUCAUUUAUAGCCUAAGAAAUCAGCAAGUGAAACAUGCUUUCAUGGACACUAUAUGGAAGAUAGUAUUUUCUUCAAACAAAGGAAAAGAUUUAUCAAACUGA